AUGGAAAGGCCGUCGUUGAGUGUGCCGACAGUAUCGCUCUAUCUCCCGAUGGGGGCACCGAGCCAGAUACAUGCUUCGAUCAUAUCCGCGACCCCCAAUGAAACGGCAUACGCUCUUGGCUGUACCGAUAAUGCCACCACCUCUGGUUGUGGAUACAAUCCUCCGAUAACGGUUACAGAAGGAGAAAGUACCAUUAUCUUUACCAAUACCUAUGAGGGAGACCAAACGACAAUGACUGCCGAGCCAUUGACAAUGCAAUGCCAACUCGUCGGCGCCCACCUCUACGAUACUCCCAUGCAUGGAGCCACGUCUGCGGUCUGCACUGGAGCAUCGGCAAUCGCGGGCUUGGGUCGAGUCCAGUCAACUUCUACCCUGGCGAGCAGCGAGAUCAACUAUGUACCGGUCACCAUCACCGCUGGCGCUCAGAAGUUGGCUGCCGCAUCCACGAUGACCGUGGACCUGCCGACUGGCACAAGUACUGCUGGGGCUUCAGUGAUCACUGCUGCUGCCCGGCUGGGUCUGGGCGGCGCUGUAGCUAUGGCGGUCUUGGGCGUCGUAUGA